AUGCCAGCAGUGGAUGAUGGCUUAGGCCCUGGCUCCUUCGAAGAUGGUGCCGAGCUGGCCAGGACGUCCAUCCCAGAGACAGCCACAACAGUGCUCUUGGGCGAGUGCACGCAUGGAACGGAGGAGUUUUAUCAGAUCCGGGCUGAGAUUACGAAGUAUUUGAUGCAAACCAGGGGCUUCAACAUCAUCUUGUGCGAGAGUGAUUGGACUUUCAUGUGGCACGUGAACCAGUACGUGCACCGCAAGAAGAGCAAUAUGUUUCCAGACGCCACCCGCUUUCCAGAUUGGAUGUGGAAGAACCGUCCCUUCUACGAGCUGGUGGAGUGGAUGCGUAAACGCGCGUCCUCGGAUGGACCCUUCGUCUUUGGGAUGGAUUGCUACUGUAAGGAGGAGGCCAAAGAGGAGGUUCUCAACUUCUUCGAUUUCUAUGAUCGAGAGAACCUUGGGAAGGAGUUUCGCCGCACAUUGUAUCCGGCAGAGCAGCCAGACAGGUCUUUGCCUUACUGUGGGAUGGAAACGUAG